GUGACUUCUUUGUCUGGUGACUCAGUUCAUAACUUUCUAAAUUUAAUUUCUUGCUACGAUUCUGCGACUUUUUGAUUUAACUUUGGUGUUAAUAAUCCUAUGCUUUAGUAGCAUUAAAAAGACGUUAUAAUCUUUGGGUAUAUUUAGUUUCUCUUUGAGCGUAACUCUUUUAGUGAUGGAAGCAAUAAUAAAAUCAGCUUUCAACAUAGUUGUGGAUGUCGGGGAAGGCCAAAAUGUAACGCAUUUUUUGAAUGCAUUUAUCGAUAAAUCAAAGGAAACAUGCGAUAAAUCGAAAUAUGCUCUUUAUCAGAGUUUCAGUCACUUUCAGAUAGGAGUUGAAAAGCUGGAAUUGACGCAAGAGUCGACUGCAAAUGAAACAUCGUCAUCGACACAGCCACCAACAAUAAACCUUUCUCCAUUAUGUCGAACGCAUUUCAAAGAAGCUGGAGAUGAGGCGAAAAAGGCGUUUGAAAAUGGUUCCUUGAGCAUUGAAGAAAAAAUAAAAGCAAGCAAGAUACGCAUUGCAAGCGCUAUUCUUGAACAUCCAGAUAACUGCGAGAGAGCAACAAGGGAUUUCAUGUUAUGUCUGGAAGAUUUAAACUCCUCCAUUGUCGAGGGAAUAAAAGCCGAAUCUCACAGCUACAUGGGGACUGACGUCCUUGACAUAGUAAUAAAUGUCAACUUGGCGUUGGCCAAUUUCAUCUUUAGGCACACAAACAAAAGGAUACCUGUUUUGGAAUGGCCCAAGAUUCAAUAUGAUGGGCAGAAGGUUCAUCCUUUUUAUUACAGGAAGGUUAAAGGAAUCCCUACUGCCUCAUUACCUUGGUACUCAACUCACUUUCCUAAGAAUACUCACGUCUUGAAUGAGGAAAUAAUCAUCAACAAAGAAGGAGAAUUACUAAUUUUUGAAGGAAAAGAACUUCAAAAACUUAACAAUGAAAGAGAAAUAUUUGAAACGUGGUGUAGUUUUAAAAGGUCGGAUAUUAAAAAUAGGCAAGUAAUACGCAUGAACAUUGAUAAAAAGGGCGCAGUAUAUUUACUGUUGGGUUAUAGAGACCAAACAAAUGGCGAUUAUAUGUUGAUACAAUGUUUGAAAGACAAACUUGUUCAAAUAUAUCCCUUGAAAUUUCUUAAUGACCAACAAUUUACUAAGAUUUUACUGGCUGCAACAGCAAAUGGCAAUGUUAUCAUUGCUACAGUCGAGGUAAAUCAACGAAACAUUAAAAUACAUGUGUGUAACAAAGACGAAAUGAACUUUUUUUGGGCGAAAGGUAAACAUAAACAUAAACAUAAACAAAUUGAUGACGAAAUAAAAUAUUUGUCUGUUUCUUCCAACGACAACAUAGCCAUUUUGACUUGUAAAUCUCCUAAAAAUUACCGACUUAUAAUAUAUACAAUAGACGGAAAAUUUAUUACAAAAAUGAAAUUUCAACCACACGAUGACGAAAUUAUUCCACGCAAUCAAGUCAUUUAUUCUCCCGCCACCAACAGCGUCACAGGUUUUUUCUGGAAAAAAGACCAGUCAGAACUGUUUAUUGAGACAUUUUCUGUUGAAACCAAAGAAAUUAUGUGGUCUAUAAAGCUGAUAAACACAGGAUAUGAUGCAGACAUUUUUGAUGAUUCAUUAAACAUCAUUCAACAUGCUGGUGGAAACGUGGCUUUAGUGUCUAAAAAAAGAACAGUUCAUUUUAUUAAAGGAAGCUAUGGGUCUAUACACAAGGAGACAACGUUGAAAUGGAUGAAUACUAGCACAUCAACCAGUACUUUUAUCACUUCGAAUACUACCGAAACCUCGUCUUCGAAUACUAGCACAUCGGCUACUACUCCUAUCAAUUCAGAGCCAUCCGAAACCUUGUCUUCGAAUACUAACGCACCGGCCACUACUCCUAUCAAUUCAGAGCCAUUUGAAACCUCAUCUUCGAAUACUAGCACAUCGGCCACUACUCCUAUCAAUUCAGAUCCAUCCGAAACCUCGUCUUCGAAUACUAACGCACCGACCACUAAUCCUAUCAAUUCAGAGCCAUCUGAUCAGCCCACUUGUGACUCAGCUGUUGAUGUGUGUGAUCGUCCAUUUAAACCAAAGGAAUUGUUUGUCAUCGCUCAAAGAAUAUGUGGUGAAUGGAGACAAGUUGCCUUACGCACUAAUUUAUUCGAACAGUGGGAGAUCGACAACAUUGCCCAAAACACUACACUGCAAUCACCUUCAACGAAAUCCAAUGAAAUGUUGUCAAAGUACAAGUCACGGAAAGGAACUCGAUUAAAACUCGCUAAGGCUAUAAAAGGGGCUGGUUUUAUAGAUAUAGCCGAAAAUGUUCAAUCAGGAGUUUAUAUUGAUUGCGCUGAUUAGUUUUCUGUCAGUAGAUUUUAUCGUGUAAUCUAUUUUUACCACUUCGAUUUUAAAUCCAAUCUCCUACUUCGGGGUAAAAGAGAAGAACAUUUUUUAAUAUUUCACAAGGUUUUCGCCGAUUUAUUCAAUUUAAUGGUAAAUAUGUAUGUUAUGACAAUCAUUAUUUAACACACUCUUUUUAUAUAAAAACCAAAUUUAUAAGAA